AUGGCCGCCCUCGCGCUUUUCUCCCUCGUGCUCCGCCUCUUCGCCGUGCAAGCCGUCGGCGGCGGCGACGGGAGCGGGAGUGGGAGCUCCCUCACGGCGUGCCUCGCGGCGGCCGGCGUGCGGAACGUGACGGCGCGCGGGUCCCCGGCGUACGACGCCGCGCUGCGCGUCUCCAUCCAGAACCUCCGCUUCGCGGGCGCCGGCGCGCCCAAGCCAGCCGCCGUCGUCGUCCCGGCGUCGCUCGGCGAGCUCCGCGCCGCCGUGCGGUGCGCGCGGGCGGCGGGGCUCGUGGUGCGCAUCCGCAGCGGGGGCCACAGCUACGAGGGCCUCUCCUACACGACCGAGGACCGGAACGCCUUCGCCGUCGUCGACCUCGCCGCGCUCGGCCGCGUCCGCGUGGACGCCGACGCCGACGGCGGCGGCGCCACGGCGUGGGUCGAGUCCGGCGCAACGCUCGGCCAGGUGUACUACGCCGUCGCCGCGUCGAGCCCGACGCUCGCGUUCUCGGCGGGGUCGUGCCCGACGGUCGGGUCCGGUGGCCACAUCGCCGGCGGCGGGUUCGGCUUGCUGUCCCGCAAGUACGGGCUCGCCGGCGACAACGUGGUCGACGCCGUGCUGGUCGACGCCGGCGGCCGCGUCCUGGACCGCGCCGCCAUGGGCGAGGACGUGUUCUGGGCCAUCCGCGGCGGCGGCGGCGGCACCUGGGGCGCCGUCUAUGCGUGGCGCGUCCAGCUCCGUCCGGUCCCCGAGCGCGUCACCGCGUUCGUCGCCAACCGCCGCGGCACCGUCGAGUCGGUGGCCCGGCUCGUCUCCACGUGGCAGCACGUCGCGCCGUGGCUGCCCGACGAGUUCUACGUCUCGGCGUUCGUCGGCGCCGGCUUGCCGGAGUCCGACCGGACCGGCAUCUCCGUCACGUUCAAAGGGCUCUACCUCGGGCCGAGACACGAAGCGUUGCAGAUACUGACGGCAAGGUUCCCCGAGAUCGGGCUGUCGGAUCUGAACCCGAGAGAGAUGAGCUGGAUCGAAUCCGUGGUGUUCUUCUCGGGUCUGCCCGAAGGGAGCUCCGUUUCGGAUCUCACCGACCGGGUGCUCCACAAGAAGAACUACUUCAAGGCCAAGUCGGACUACGUGCACCGUCCGAUGCCGUUAGAUCAACUGAUCAGAGCCGUUGAGGUCUUGUCCAAGCAGCCCAAGGCGUAUGUCAUCUUGGACCCGUACGGUGGCGCCAUGGAUGGGUUCAAGUCCAGCGAUCUGCCGUUCCCGCAUCGCGAAGGUAACAUCCAUGGCAUCCAAUAUCUAAUCGAAUGGACGGCCGAUGAAGAUGGCCGCAGAGACGAGUACAUGGAUUGGUUGCGCCAUUUCUACGACUUGAUGGGAGCGUAUGUGCCGAAGAAUCCACGAACCGCAUACAUAAACUACAUGGACCUCGAUCUCGGCACCAACAAUUGGUCGUCCGACCGCCGAUCCAACAUCAUCAGCAAGAUCCCUAACCCGGAAGUCGAGGCGGCACGAGCAUGGGGCGAGAGGUACUUCUUGGGCAACUACGACCGGCUUGUCCGCGCAAAGACGAUGAUCGACCCGGACAACGUGUUCCGCAACGCGCAGAGUAUCCCGCCACUUGGAGGCCCCGGCAUGACUAGGAGUCUGCCUCCUGCUGCCAUCUCACCCAAGGUGACAUGUAAUGGGAGCACAAACGACAGCUAGAGCAAAUCAUGCAUGCAUACAGAUAGAUGCAGACAAAUGUGGGGGGUACGGUGCUGUGUUUUUCAAUUUUGGCGUGUUGCUUUCACGGUGCCGUCCGAGAAGGGCGAGUUGCAUUUUCUUUUGUUGGAGGAAGGUGGUUUGGAUUGCAAGUGCUAGACGUAGGAGAAA